ACAAUAACCGAAACAGAAGUUUUUAAAUUAUUGACUACACUUAAAACAUCUAAGGCCACGGGACAUGAUAGAAUUUCGGCUAAACUGUUGAAGGACUCUGCGGAUGUAAUUACAGAGACGUUGACUCAAAUAUUUAACAAAUCAGUACUUUUAGGUAAAUUUCCAGAUGAUAUGAAAGUGGCAAUUAUUUCUCCUAUUUAUAAAACAGGAAGUAAAACGGAGACCACGAACUAUAGAUCAUUGUCCGUGCUCUCCGUUGUCGCAAAAAUUUUUGAAAAAAUGAUCUCGCAGCUUUCUAAUUAUUUGGAAACAAAUGGAGUAAUAGUGAAACAGCAUUGA